AUGCCACCUGAGUUGUUUGCCUUUCAAGGCAAAAAACAACGCAGUGCCUACAAGAAAGUACUGAUCAUAACGCUAGCAGUUCUCGAGGGAUUCUUCACUACUCUCCCUUAUGGAUGGGCCUCGUUGGUUGUGGUGCUUAAAGCCGAUGGAUUUUACAGUGAUCUGUGUCACGCCGACUCGUCAGACUGUCAACAGAUCACCUGGAACACCUCAGCCCAUGAAACGGAUAGUAUGACGACAUUGGCUGUUCGUUUCAAUGAAACUGCGCCCGUAGCGAUAGCGACGACAUACGAUACAGUGGGUGUAUAUGGAGAGUACUGUACUUGUUCCGCACAGGAUGAACGUUUGAACCUUGUGUUUACCAUUGCAAUGUCAUUAACGCUGUCGAUGUGUUUCCCCACUGGUGCAGUAUACGAUUUACUUGGCCCGCGUAAAACACGCUUAAUAUGUUGGUAUGUAUGA